AGGUCGGGAGGGGACGUCCUUCCUCUCGCAAAGCGAUCCCGGUUGAGGCGGGCGCUGUGGGACCGAGUCGCCAGUGGGCCACCUACUCUCCGCGGAGGCCACCUUACUCCCUGUGCCCUGCAGGCCGAGGCUCGCAGGCGGACGCCGGUCGACAUCCGAGCGCUUCUGGAGGGAGCCGCGCGUCGUGCUGGGGUCUCGAUUCUGAGUCGGACUUCUACCACGCCGCUCUGCUAGACCUUCCCCAGCCUUCGGGAGGCUCGGCUCCGGGGAAGGCACCAAGACACUGAUAAUGUUUCCAUGAAUUUGCCUCACUGUUCACGCCAUCCAUGUCUCUCAUAUUGCGCGUCUUAAGAGAGAUGCUGGAAUAUUUUGGUGUUCCCAUAGACCAGAUUUCAGUGAUUUGGAAAAAUAAAGAUUAUGGAUCAGCUCGGAGUAUUGUUCGUAUUAUUGGGAAAAUGCUUCCUUUAGAACCUUGUCAAAGACCUAAUUUUGAGUUGAUCCCGCUCUUGAACUCUGUAGACCCUGAUAAUGGUGGAUCUAGGGUUCCAUCUUUGGCUGAUAUUUUGUGUGUGGCAAAUGAUGAAGAAGCCAGUUGUCUCAGAUUUCGAAGUAGCAUAUGGAAACAUGGAGGAGAGGAGAAAAUUGAAUUUACCCGUCCUGUGCAACUAGUCGGGGAUCCAUCGUCGCCUACUCGACGAGAAAACAAACCAGUGAAAAAUGAUCUGUCUGUAAGUGAAGCUGCAGUAAAAAAAAUAGCUGCCCUCGAAGAGGAACUUACUUUUCUUCGCUCUCAGAUUGCUGCGCUUGUGGAAAUGCAGGAACUGAGAAACAGCACAAAUCCCGGUUCCUUUGACAUGAAUGACAGGCCCAGUAGGUUAGGACAGGCACCACCAUCAGGAGCUGCUCAGCUGCACGUGGAACCAGCUCAGUUUCCGGGUUUGAUGCUCUCUUCCCCUCCUCCACCACCGCCGCUUCCCCCUCGGUUUUCUCCUCUCCAGCCUUCGUGUUUUCCUCCCAUCCAGCCAGAAUCAGAUAAUAUUUGUGACUCGGGAAAUCCAGGUGCUAGUAAGACCAAUUAUGGUCAUCAUUCAAAGAGCCAGAGAAUGAAAGGUGUUCCAGACAUGCUGGAUGUUCUCAAGGAUAUGAACAAGGUCAAGCUUCGGGCUAUUGAACGGUCACCCGGCGGUAGACCCAUUCACAAGAGGAAAAGACAGACUUCACAGUGGGACCCAGUGUCUUUAAUAUCACAAGCACUUAAGCAAAAAUUUGCAUUCCAAGAAGAUGAUUCCUUUGAGAAAGAAAAUAGAUCUUGGGAGUCGUCGCCAUUUUCUAGUCCAGAAACUUCAAGGUUUGGACAUAACACUUCACAGUCAGGAGGGCAGGAGGAAGAACUGAUACACACACACGCUGUUGACCAAGGGACCGACGGCAGGAGCUGUGUCCGCACUCAGAAGGAAAGAUUGUGGCAAUGUGCCAGCACGCCUUCCGCCACAUUGCUAAAGAUCUGAAGGAAGUCAAGUGGAGUCUGUGCAGCGGGCUGUCACACUGCUGAGGUCUGAGGAGCCUCGUCUCCAGCUGCCCAAGUUCCAGCAGUGAGCAAGCUGUCGGUGAUAGUUAGGGGUAUGGACUUCUUCCGUGUAUGUUAAUCUUGCUGAAUGCUGAAUAUGUCCUUUUAAUAAUUUUCCCAAUUUUAAGAGCCUUUGGAUAUUUUAAAAGUUGGUAAUGAUCUGGUUUGCUUGGUUUCCAGCAAAUUGGAGAUUUUCAGAGAAGAUAAAAUUAUAAUUCUUUUGUUAAGAUAUUCCUAGUUUCAAUCAUAUAGGUUAAGUUUUCUAAAACUUCUUUGAGAGAUGAUAAAGAAGUUAUUUUAAAAGCAGAUUUUGAUUGUU